UUUUUUGAAAAAAAAAAAAGGGACUCGCCCUCUCUCCCACCAAUUUAUUUUAAAACUUUUCGCUAUAAAUAUAUACAACUUGCUUGGUUGCUUUUCGUUCUGUGUUGGCUUUGCUUCCAAUUUGGGUCCCCAAAAGAAACAAAGUUCGGGUAUCUGAUUGAGUAAAGGAGGAAAUGGGUCGUGGUGUCAGUGCUGGUGGUGGACAGAGUUCUUUGGGUUACCUAUUUGGAAGUGGAGAGACUACUAACAAGGCCCAAGUUGCUCAGAAAGAGACUACUAACAAUGCCCAAGUUGCUCAGAACCAAGGGCCAGCAGCAAACAAUGGGCCUUCUCAAAAGCCUGCUGCCGCUUCACCACCAAUCGAUAAGGAGACUCCAGCAGGUGUUCCUGGGCAUCUUACAAACAACUACUUCCGUGCAGAGGGGCAGAACUGUGGCAAUUUUAUUACGGAUCGGCCAUCCACCAAAGUUCACGCUGCCCCUGGUGGUGGAUCUUCCCUGGGGUACCUCUUCGGUGGUGGUGGUGGGAAGUGAUGUACUUGAUCCUUAAGACUGCAUCGACCGCACAGUAUGAGCGGAUGUUAUUCAUUAUUAUGAAAAUUAUUAUCUCUAUCUAAAAGAACAAUUGUACUCUGUCCUUGUGCAGUGUUAUGUAUUGCCUUGAUGGAAUUCAUGUGGUUGGACAUGCUUGGUCAUGGAUUUCAUAUAAAAUGUACGUCCUUGUUCAGCUUCUAA